UAACCCUUUCUCUUCAGUUUGCCCUUAGAAUUCAAGAGUUUGGCUUGAACAUAGAGGAACAGAGAAAGGAAGAUGCCGAUGACUCCAAUAAGCAGUAAAUGCACCAAGAAAGAAGCGAAUAGAGGAGCAUGGACGGCUGAAGAAGAUCAAAAACUUGCUAAAGUCAUUGAAAUCCAUGGUCCAAAGAGGUGGAAGAUAAUAGCAGCCAAAGCAGGUUUGAAUAGAUGUGGGAAGAGUUGCAGACUUAGAUGGAUGAACUAUCUAAGACCUAACAUAAAAAGAGGAAACAUUUCAGACCAAGAAGAGGACUUAAUACUUAGACUCCAUAAACUCCUUGGAAACAGGUGGUCUUUGAUUGCUGGUAGACUACCCGGUCGGACAGACAAUGAAAUCAAGAACUACUGGAACUCUCAUUUGAGCAAGAAAGUAAAGCAAAAUGAGAAGCAAAAUGGGAGAUCAUCAGAAAUACAAGAGUCCAUGCCUAAGAAUUCCAAACUGAAUGAGCAUAAUCUUGAUGCCAUUUCAAGAAAGCCUGAAGAGGGGACCUCCAAUGGAGAUUUAGAGGCUAAACCUAACUUGUUUGGGGAUGCGUUGCUUGAUUUUUGUAAUGAGGAGCCUCUAGAUUUGGGGUGGAUGCGGGAAUUCCUUGAAAUGGAUGAGAGUUGGUUUAACCUUUUGUGAUACAAGUUUGAACUUUGUCAGUAUCAUAAUGUUUGGUGUAAUCAUGCUUGGUUUGUCUUGGGUGUUGAGGUUGCCAAGAAAGUUUUUGCUAAUCCAAGGAAAGAUCCCAGCAAUUCCAUAGCUUCUCAUCAUCAUGCCUCGCAAAAUGCCGAGUAGGCAGGGGACUUUUCCUUGGAUUAACAUGUGGUAAUAAAUGUGUCUAUGAUUU